CCCUCCUCUGACCUUGUGAAGGAGGUGAUGCUGAAGCUUCAAGACAAGUUCAAGUGCAAGACCCUUGGUGACGUCAACUACUACCUUGGGCUUCACAUUGAGCGAGAUGUGGAGAAGCGGUGGAUGCGAGUGCAUCAAAAGAAGUACUCGGAGGCCUUGGCUGCAAACUUUGGGAAGAGUGAAGUUCAUGUGGCUUCUCCUCUUCCCUCAGGGUUCAAGUGUGUGAAAGGACCAGCGGAGGAAAGUGUUGCGGCGUUUGCUAGCUGAAUUGGGGGAGGAGCAGCAAGGACCAACCCCACUCUACUG